GGGCGCGGCCACAACAAGCUGCCCACGACCGAGCGCAUCGUGAAGGCUGUCCCAUUUCCUCCCACGCAGCGGCUCACACUGAAGGAAGUGUUUGAGGAUGGAAAGCCCAGGCUUGAUGUCUUGAAAAGCCACUUGGUGAAGGAAGGGCGGCUAGAAGAGGAUGCAGCGUUGAAGAUAAUCAAUGAUGGGGCUGCCAUUCUGAGGCAUGAGAAGACAAUGAUUGAAGUAGAGGCUCCAAUCACAGUGUGUGGUGACAUUCAUGGGCAGUUCUUUGACCUGAUGAAGUUGUUUGAAGUUGGAGGAUCACCCAAUAACACCCGCUACCUCUUCCUGGGAGACUAUGUGGACAGAGGCUACUUCAGUAUAGAGUGUGUGCUGUAUUUAUGGAGUUUAAAGAUAAAUCAUCCCAAAACGCUGUUCCUGCUUCGAGGGAACCAUGAGUGCAGGCACCUCACAGAAUACUUCACCUUUAAACAGGAAUGUCGAAUCAAAUAUUCGGAGCGAGUGUAUGAUGCAUGUAUGGAUACAUUUGACUGUCUUCCUCUUGCCGCCCUCCUAAACCAGCAGUUCCUGUGCGUCCAUGGAGGACUGUCUCCAGAAAUCACAUGUCUAGAUGACAUUAGGAAAUUAGACAGGUUUAAAGAGCCUCCAGCCUUUGGUCCGAUGUGUGACCUACUCUGGUCUGAUCCAUCAGAGGAUUACGGCAAUGAGAAGACGCUAGAGCAUUUCACUCACAACACUGUUCGAGGCUGCUCCUAUUUCUACAGUUACCCUGCAGUCUGUGAAUUUUUGCAAAACAAUAGUUUGUUAUCUGUAAUCCGAGCUCAUGAAGCCCAGGAUGCCGGGUACCGAAUGUACAGGAAGAGCCAGACAACAGGCUUUCCAUCGCUAAUCACGAUCUUCUCUGCACCAAAUUACCUAGAUGUGUAUAACAACAAGGCUGCUGUGCUGAAAUAUGAAAACAAUGUCAUGAACAUCAGACAGUUCAACUGUUCUCCACACCCCUACUGGCUUCCAAACUUCAUGGAUGUCUUCACAUGGUCUUUACCUUUUGUAGGGGAAAAGGUCACAGAGAUGCUGGUCAACAUCCUCAACAUCUGCUCUGAUGAUGAGUUGAUUUCAGAUGGUGAUGAAACUUUGGAAGCAGGCACGACAGUCCGUAAGGAGAUAAUCAGGAAUAAGAUCAGAGCCAUUGGGAAGAUGGCGCGUGUUUUUUCAGUUCUCCGAGAGGAGAGUGAGAGCGUGCUGACUCUCAAGGGCCUGACUCCCACAGGUACUCUGCCCCUGGGAGUCCUCUCAGGGGGAAAGCAGACUCUACAGACUGCCACAGUAGAAGCGGUAGAGGCACGGGAAGCCAUCCGUGGAUUUUCACCGCAGCACAAGAUCCGCAGCUUCGAAGAAGCCAGAGGGUUGGACCGCAUUAACGAACGCAUGCCGCCGCGCAAAGAUUCAAUGCACCCAGACGGGCCGGUGAACUUGGUAACCUCAACAAACUCUGCGGAAAAGAACGGCACAGGGAAGAAAGCUUAGUAAUGGUUCUAAUGCCCAAUCUGCACCACUAAAGGAUCCAAAACUUAAUGAAUUUUAUUUAUUUAUUAUUGGGGUGGGAUAGGGAUGGGGAGAAAUAAACUUAACCUGGAGGCACGUUCAUAAUCCAGUUUGCAUCCAUUCUGUAAGAAAGGUGACCAUUUUGUAAUUUUUUAAUUUAUGUUCAGUAUAUAAAAAGUCCAUCUUUUUUUUUUAAUUUAGAAACCAAUCUAAUUGCUAGUGCAUAUAUGAAGUGUUGUGCUGUACAGCUGACCUCUCCCCCACAGAAGGGGAACCUCUGAGGAUUUAAAAAAAAAAACACACGGAGUCCCAAGCAACUUUGAUCUUGACUUUGGUACAGUUUUAAAUUAGCCUGUGCUUUCAAAAGCAGCAUCUUUCAUUUUAAAACGUUUUCACAACUGUCUUCACAGAGUUUGCUGUUAUUUUCUUCGACUUUUAUUGUCUAGCUGCAUCUGCUGCUUUAGCAAUUGAUUUUGUGGA